AUGGCCUCCGAAAAGUCAACGUCUGUUCUAGUGGUUGGUGCAGGGCCUGUAGGACUUGUACUUGCCCUAUCUCUACUCAGGAAUGGCAUUUCUGUGCGCAUCAUUGAGAGGGAACGGACUCCUCGCCCCGGACAGCGCGGGGCAGGUAUUAUGCCGCGCUCUCAGGAACUGUUUCAUUACCUAGGCGUUCUACCAGACGUGCAAGCGAAAGCUCUAUCGCUCUUUUACAACCGGGUAUACAGAGUACCUGGAGGCGCGGAACCCAUCAAGACUUACUCUAUGGCACCCAACGUUGAGCCGACACCGGCCGUUCAAUAUCCGAAUAUUCUAGCACUUGGGCAAGACAAUGCAGAGGCGAUCCUACGCUCUCAUAUAGAGAGGCUAGGGUGUCAAGUCGAGUUCGGCACAGAGCUACGUGAUUUCGAGCAGUUUGCAGACCGUGUCGAUGCCCAUGUUGUGAAGAGACAAGGCGAUGCGAAGAUCCAAGAGACGAUCUCCUCUCACUGGCUUGUAGGAACUGAUGGUGCGAGAGGAACUGUACGCAGGCAGCUUGGCCUGUCCUUCCUAGGUGAGACCAGAGGGGAAGAAAUGUGGUUUGUUGUUGGUGAUCUCGAAGUAGAGGGACUGGACCGCAAGUACUGGCACUUCUGGGGAGGUAUCGUGAUGCUGAGGCCUACCGAGGAAGAAGGCUUGUUCGCUUUGAUCCUAGGAGGCAGAAUUGACCAUGCAAGGAUGGUGUCGGACCAAGAAGAGCUGAUCAAGACAAUCCGCACCGGAACUGACAGGGAUGACAUAAACGUCCGCAAAGUCAGAUGGCUCUCUGAAUUCAGACCUAACAUGCGGAUGGUCGACACGUUCGGAGAGGGACGGGUAUUUGUAGCUGGAGACGCUGCUCACGUUCACACUCCGUUCGGGGCCCAGGGCAUGAACUCCGGGAUCCAAGACUCGUUCAACCUCGGUUGGAAGCUCGCACUCGUAGAGAAAGGGUUCGCAGCACCCUCGCUGCUCUCCACAUACACCGAAGAGCGCCUGCCCGUCAUUGCCGCCGUCCUGAAGCGCACCACCGCCAUUCUAGACACGACCGCAAGCACGAUGAAGAGUGACGGGAGCGGCACCGCCGCAUGGGAUAGGGGCGGGCCGCUCAAGCAGCUCGGUGUCAACUACCGCUGGAGCUCCAUCGUGGUUGACGAGCGCUUCCCUCUAGAGGGCGCGUCGCGAGUGCUGAUGGAUCCAUACGGUAUCGAGCUGGGUGACACUGUGCGACGAGACCCGAGGUGUGGAGUGAACCCCAUCUCUCUCUUCAAUAUCUUCGGUCCAUCGCAUCACACAGUCAUGCUCUUCGCGGGCAACACGGACACCAUCGCAAAUAUACUGGAAUCGCUGAAACGAUAUCCUACAUCCGCCCUGAAGUCUCUCGUGAUCUACCCACAGGGGACCUCUCCAGCUGCGGAGCUGCUCGACGCCGAUUUCGUGGUGGUGAACGAAAGGGGCCACGCAUACCUGAAUUACGCAUGCUCUCAGAAGAUGAUGACACUUGCUAUCGUCAGGCCAGAUGGAAUAAUGGGCGGGCUGGUUUUCGGUUUGGAUGGCUUGGAGGGAUACUUCAGUCGUGUUUUCGAUCGAGUAAAGGAAGGCGUUUGCUGA